AUGACAGUUCUGGGAUCCAAGCUUCAUCAAGAUGAACUUAACGGCAGUGCGAGGAGUUCCUAUUUCAAUUCCCCUCCUCUGGAUGUCUCCGUUGCAUUCCCUCAGGCAACUCCAGCUUCCAAAUUUCCUACUCAUGUUGCGGACUACUACCAGUUAGAUGAUCUGUUGACCCCUGAGGAGCAGGCUAUAAGGCUCCAAGUCAGGCAGUGUAUGGAGAAAGAAGUAGCCCCUGUAAUGGCUGAGUACUGGGAGAAGGCAAAGUUCCCAUUUCAUGUCAUUCCGAAGCUAGGUGAAAUGUGUGUUGCAGGUGGUACAAUCAAGGGUUAUGGAUGUCCUGGCCUUUCCAUCACUGGCAGUGCUCUUGCCACUGCCGAAGUUGCUAGAGUGGAUGCUAGCUGUUCUACUUUCAUUUUGGUGCACUCAUCUUUAGCAAUGCUCACCAUAGCUCUCUGUGGUUCAGAGGAACAAAAGCAGAAAUAUUUACCAUCGUUGGCACAAUUAAGCAAUGUGGCAUGUUGGGCUUUGACUGAGCCUGACUAUGGAAGCGAUGCUAGUGCUUUGAGAACAACAGCCACAAAGGUUGCUGGUGGUUGGAUACUCGAAGGCCAAAAACGUUGGAUCGGAAAUGGUACCUUUGCGGAUGUAUUGAUUAUCUUUGCCCGAAAUGCCUCAACAAAUCAGAUUAAUGGAUUUAUUGUGAAGAAGAACGCCCCUGGACUAACAGCUACAAAAAUAGAGAACAAAAUCGGCCUGCGAAUUGUGCAGAAUGCAGACAUUGUCAUGAACAGAGUUUUUGUACCUGACGAGGACAGGUUGCCUGGGGUCAACUCCUUCCAAGACACAGCCAAGGUGCUGGCUGUUUCACGUGUGAUGGUGGCCUGGCAGCCGAUCGGGAUAUGCAUGGGGAUCUACGACAUGUGCCACAGGUACCUUAGAGAGAGGAAGCAGUUCAAGGCACCGUUGGCGGCUUUCCAGAUCAACCAGCAGAAGCUUGCUCAGAUGCUUGGCAACAUCCAAGCCAUGACCCUGGUUGGUUGGCGGCUCUGCAAGUUGUACGAAGCCGGCACGAUGACUCCAGGUCAAGCCAGUUUAGGAAAGUCAUGGAUCACAUUGAGGGCGAGGGAAACGGCUGCACUGGGGAGGGAACUUCUUGGUGGGAAUGGAGUAUUGGGUGAUUUCCUAGUUGCCAAGGCGUUCUGCGAUCUGGAGCCGAUUUACACAUACGAAGGAACUUACGACAUCAACAGCUUGGUGACAGCAAGGGAAGUCACUGGCAUCGCCAGCUUCAAGCCAACCUUUCUCACCAAACAAAGCCGCUUAUAA